AUACGCUUCUCAAGACGGUUUCAUUCUUAAUUAAUCUCAUCGUGGUUGUUCUCGUCGUCGUCAUCAUCUUCACUUCAUACCUAGAUCUCUCUGGAUUGUAAUUCUCAAGUCGUAGGACCUGAUGGCAGAUAAAGGGGAAGGAGAAGUAGACAAUACUACUCGUGAGGAAGGAGGAGAAGACAAUACUACUCGUCAGGAAGGAGGAGAAGACAAUACUACUCGCGAGGAAGGAGGAGAAGACAAUACUAUUCAUGAGGAAGGAGAAGAAAACAAUUCUCGUGGAAAUGAAUGGGAAGUUGUCUCACUGACAGCAUCAACUUAUGCUGCUGCUCCUGGUCCUAAAGAAGUUGAACUGCAGGAUGAAAACAGGGGUAGUGCAUAUGGAGAGGGUGAAGCAGAAUCUUCUCGCCCUUUACUUGUGCACGGACACUUCAAUUUUCCAUCAAGCUUUAUCUUUCCUCCAAACCAGCAUGAGAACUUACCUUUGGAGACGGAUAACUCUAAGGCUCUUGAUGAACAAGUUGGCAAGAAUGCUGUCGCUGAACUUGGUCUUGAAGAAAGUGAUAAAUCUGGCAGAAAGGAUGAAGAGAACUGGCCUCUUAAGGGGUUGGAUGAAUCUGAAGAGAUUCCUGGGUUACAGUUUCCUGAUGGAAAGGCCAUCUCUGGAUCGAAGUUUGAGGAAAGCACAACUUUGCAAGAUUUAGUUCUAAAUGAAAAGGGCCAGAGUAUGUAUAGUGCAGAUCCUUUUGAUUCUCUCCACAGUGAAACUGCGCUUGGUGGCUCAGACACAUAUGGGGACAACCUGGGUAUUCCUGAUGUGAUUGAACCGUCAGAACAGGGAUCAGAGUUCUCUACAGAGAUAUCUCAAACCCCAAAGGCUGCUGACAAUGAUGAGUCCGACCUUCCAUGUGAAGCUUGGUGGAAGAGAAGGGCAGCUUCGUUGUAUAGUCAUGCCAAGGAGACAAAUACAUUUUGGUCCAUUUUUGUUGCAGCAGCUGUUAUGGGCAUUGUAAUUAUUGGGCAUCAUUGGCAACAGGAAAGGUGGCGUGCUUUGCAACUCAAGUGGCAGACCAACAUUAAUGAGAAAACGGGCAGGGUGCUGGGGCCUAUAUCAAGACUUAAAGGCGUAAUUGUGGGGGGCCAUCGACGUGGAUCCUUUAUCAGGGGAAGUUCCUCAAGUGAAACUUAAGACGAAGUUCCUUCCUCCAGUGAGAAUCAAGAUGAUGACGAAAAGAUUUCUGUGAGACUGUCGGGGUGGUUGAUUAUUGUAUUAUGCUUUGGUUGACCUAUUUUUCUGAAGACAGCUCCAUAAGUGCAUGUUAAGUUUGUGGUGGUUGCGUUUGUAAUUAUUGUGGCUUUUUAGUUUAUGGCUCAAGUGUGUUAAAAUGUAGUAUUUCAUAAUCUAGCAUCAAAUUACACAUUAUUGUGGUUCCAUCCUGUGGAAGGAUAGAACACAGAGGCACUGAUUAUUGGGCGCUUUAUGCCUGAAACAGAUUCCACAUAUAAAUGGCAGCGAGCCAGGCUUGUGAAGGGGGUAAUUUAUCUGCUUUAA